AUGGACUCGAGUGAUGCUACCUCCAAGGGGAUGUCCCAGGAUGGACGGACACGUCAGGAAGCAGCCACGCCACCCCAGCAGGGCCCUGUGGCUGCUGCCCAGGAGGAGGAAGGAGCACCGGGGGAUGCACUGUCAGGUCCCCCACAGUCUCCUCUGGGGACAGGGGUCCCAAGAACCCUGUUCAGCACCUGGGACGGGUGGCAGGACGCAGCCACAUUGAAGACUGCCCUAGAAGACACCGCCACUGGGACACCAAGCUCAGAGGGACCCCCCAAACCCACCCCAGCACAGCCUGACCCCACAGGGGCCAUCUCCAGCCCUCAUGGGGGUCACGGAAAGCAGGAGCAGCAGCAGAGGAGCUGGGAGGGCGACCGGCACGAUGGCUCUGCCAGCCUGCUGUGGGUGGCCCGGCCGGGUCUGCUCUUCCAGGGGGACAAGCAGAGCAGCUGUCACCCCCUCAGCCUGUCCUGGGCGUUGGGCUACAACAGCAGCCUGGCCGUGCACAGCCUGGCGGGCGGGGAGGACCGGGUGCUGCUGUACGUCUGCUCCCAUACAGCCGUGAUCCACGACAUCCUCGGGGGCCAGCAGUACCACCUGCAGGGCCACGCGAACACCAUCUCUUGCCUGUGUGUGAGCGAGGACCGGCGCUGGGUUGCCACUGCUGACGGAGGCCCAGACCCUCUGGUCAUCGUGUGGGACACCUUCUCGGGGAUACCUGUGCGCACCAUCUUUGACAGCCACCCCGGUGGCGGGGUCGCCGCUGUUGCCAUCUCCAGGGAUGCGAGGUAUCUGGUGACCAUCAGUGCUGGCAGGGCACAGAAAGUUUGUGUCUGGAGGUGGACGUCUCCCACCGAGAGCCCUGUGUGCAGCACAGAGCUGAGGCCUGAAUUUGGGCUCCAGGAUUUUGUUGUUUUUAACCCCCAAAAUCCCCAUGAGUUUGUCAGCAACAGCAAAACCCAGGUGAUAUUUUACCUGUGGGUGAGUAGGACCGUGGGGAGUCCUCCUCCUAGCACCCAACGUGCUACCAGGGGGCAUGGAGGUGGCGUGGGGCCAGGUACCUGCACCAGGCCGGUCCCACCCAUGUUUCCCAUGUGUGUUUGUGUGCCUUGUGAUGGUCAUCAGCUUCUGGGAGAGGAGCAGGCGGAGGGGAAGGUGGUUUUGCAUGCUCUGAGGGGUCUUGGAGCCUUCUUGGCCCCCAAGCCCAGCUCUGGUCCCCAGCUGAGGGUGGGGAGGGGACACACAGCUGCUAGUGAUGCCAGCCUGCAGUACAGCACUCCGCCUUUAACCAAGCAGACCUUCAACAGCGUGGUGGGACACUUCAGCCAGUCGGCUUUCCACUUUAACAACACGCAGGCUCUGACGGGCACCUCAGCCGGGAAGCUGGUGCUGUGGGACACGGCCCGUGCCCCCUCCCUGUCCGAGGAGGCGCAGGUCCAGCCGCACAGCACGAAGGCCACCAAGCUGGUGCCGAUGCAGAGGAGCAGCAUCACGGUGCUGAUGGUGCUGGAGAGCUGCAUAGUGACAGGGGAUGUGAAAGGCCGGGUGAAAUUCUACAAUGGGCGGCUGCAGCUCCUGGCCUGCUACAGCCAUAGCGGCGUGGGGCCCAUUUGCUCCAUCUCCUUCUCCAAACCCCCUCCUGAGCCUCCUGAUGCCGCCUCAGCCUGCUCCAGCACCGGCAGCCAGCCCUUCACCAUCGGAUAUCGCUCAGAGGGACACGAGCCAGCUAGUCUGAUUCAUCAAAUUUUGUUUCUCUCACUAAACAGGAACUUUAUCCUUUCAACCUCUGAUGCAACAGUGCUCCAUGUUGCAACAGACGGGACAAACUUUGAAAAAGUCAUGGAAGAGGCCAAGAAGGCAACGACUGCCAUCGCCUGUCACCCCCGACAGGCACUGCUUGCUGUGGGCAGUCACUGCGGGCUGCUCAAAGUGUGGGACUACCAGCAGCCCAAGUACCUCGUUAGCAGGAUAUUCACUGAGGCCGGCAUCCAGUGCUUGUCCUACGACCCCGAAGGUUGCUUUCUGGCUGCUGGUUUCACUGAUGGAAGUGUGUACAUCCUCGAUGCCAUUUCUCUUCAGUCCUGCUGUGAAGCCUUCAGGUUCUCGCGGGGCGCCGUGACUCACAUCAGCUUCUCCCACGACUCCGAGUACCUCGCAACCGCUGAUGAGAAAUACGCGGUGACUGUUUACAAAAGAGUCCUGCAAAAUGGGCAGAGAUGCUGGGAACACCUGGCAGGGCUCCACUCCCACUACAAACCCAUCCGGAGCAUCCUGUUUGGGGUUCAGCUGGACAGCAAUGAGCCCCGGCUCCUGAGCCUCGGGGAGGACCGGCAGCUGGUGGAAUAUGACCUGAGCAGCAGCAGCAAGGACCAGCUGGUGAUCUCGCACAGGGACCGGGUAGAGCAGGUUGCCGUGCCCCUGUGCUUGGCCUGGUACCCCCAGUUCGGCACCGAGUCCUUCAUCCUCACGGCCAACAGCUGCUACAAAAUGAAGCUCUACAACACAACGACCAAAAUGUGCAGGAAGACCCUUCUGGGACCAACCUAUGGAUCCCCGCUGGAGAAGAUACAAAUCCUCCCAACAAGGAGCACUACAGACCCCCAGAAAUGCUAUCUGGCCUACGUUACAAAGGACAAGGUUGGCCUGCAGAUUUUGCCUGUGGAUGGCAACCCCCACAAAUCCUCAGCUUUCAUUUGCCACCCAGACGGCGUCUCAGACCUGGCCUGCUCCUACGACGGGCGCUACAUCUUUACGGCGGGGGGGAACGACCGCACUGUUCUGAAAUGGGAGGUGAACCUGAAUGCCUUGGAGGCUGCAGCGUCCCUGGGUGGGGAGGACCUGGUCCCGUUCUACAGCCUGCUGGAGGGCGGCCGAGAAGGCGAAUUCUUCAGGGAGCUGGAAGACUAUUUCUACUAUGUGCAGCUGCGCAGCCAAGGCAUCGACGCGCUGGAGACCAGACAGGUGUCAACGCAUAUUCCCUUGGAGGAAAUUCCUUCUGUAAUGAGAGCAAUGGGAUUUUAUCCAUCAGAGGAAGAGAUCGAAGAAAUGAUAAAUGAAGUAAAAUUCAGCGAGUAUGUGGACACCGGAGAACAAGUGACAAAAAUCAAUUUAGGGGAUUUUAUCAAACUUUAUAUAAAUCAUCGGCCUGCGUUUGGCUUGUCAAUGAAAGCCAUACGGCGAGCGUUUCAGGUUCUUGGUUAUGACAAUGAGAACGGAGACAAAGUUAUUGACAGAGGAGACUUACUGUUGCUGCUUCAGUGCAGAGGAGAGCAUAUGACGGAGGACGAACUGGCGCAGUGUCUGGCUGCCCUGCUGGGCAGGCAUUCAGCGGGAGGAAGAUUUGACCUGGACACGUGCGAUCCCUCAGGUGCAGCAGCUUUGACUGAAGAAGAAAUUCCAGAGGAAAUCACAGCAAAGAGGUUCACUGCUGACAUUCUUGGCUUACCUAUUGCCGAGCCAGAGAAAAGAACAGUAAAAAUCAAUGAACAGUUGAUCUGUGAAGGCUCAGAAUUGUAGCUGCCACAAUUCUCUACUUGUUCCCACUUUCCAACAUCCUCUCCUCAAGUAUCUGUGAAAUUUAUAUUCUAUGUUUAUUAAAAACUAAAGGUCACAAACUAAA